AUGACGCUCCUUUCCAGAGUGCUUAAUCACAACUCUGAGAAGUCCAGACCCCAGCUCUCUCCCAAAGCGCUGGCCUCUAAUCUCAAGAAACCCCGGGUCAAGCUUUCGAUCGCUUUGGAGUCUCCUCCGGUCAUACUCUAUGGCCAGCAUCACGAAUCAACGGGAUCGAUUGUUUCAGGCGUUUUACACCUUGACGUUUUGCCUCGCCCAAAGUCCAGGGAUGAUAGUCCUCGAAGAACCCCAGAUUCCUUGACUCCCGUGUCGUCGGUAGGAAGCAUAGGCGCCGAUUCAGACGUGGAGCUUUCUUCAGUCACUCUCCUGCUCGUCCAGACAAUUCGCUACACAAAGCCAUUCCAAAUCCCGUCCGGGUCAGUGUCCUCAUGCAAAUCGUGCGCUAUCAAGCGGAAUACGCUAGCCAGGUGGGAUGUCGUGAUUGAGCCUGCCACUUUCGCUGUGGGAUCGCAUGCCUAUCCUUUUUCACAUUUACUUCCUGGCCUGCUUGCCGCUUCCACAAAACUCGGCGGUAGCCAAUCCCUGUCGUACAUAAAGUACGACAUCAUAGCUGUGGCUGUUGCAGGCCUGAAGGAAGUGAAGGCAUCUCUUCCGCUCUGCGUACUGAGAUCCAUUAUACGAGGCCAUGACCGCAACUCACUUAGAGUGUUUCCUCCAACAGACGUCACCGCUAGCGCAGUUUUGCCCAAUGUCAUUUACCCAAAGUCUACAUUCCCUAUAGAGCUACGAUUGAACAAUGUGGUCAGCUCAAAACAGGACCGCCGCUGGCGCAUGAGAAAGCUCACUUGGAAAUUGGAAGAGUGUACCAAAGUAAGAGCAUCAGUUUGUCCAAAACAUGCCUCCAAACUCAACCUUACAAAAGAGCUGCAGAAACGUGCACAACUCAGCAGACUCAAAGCCGGGAACCAGGAAAACAAGACCACCGGACUCCAUCAUCUGACAGUGCAAACUUCCAUGCGUCUUGACGUUCCAUCCAGUCGAGUAAUGACGGCUGCCGAUGCUGCCGCACUUGCUGAGGCUGCUGCCCCUGGCAACCAGGACAUUGAUGAACAGCCAGAGAUUGAUGAUGGCGUUCCCAACAGACCGAUUGACGAAGCUGUUAAUUUUGAUCUGGACUUCUCCCAGUUCCGCCCAUCCAGCGAAGUUAGUCGUGAGCAAACUCCAUCCACAGCAUCAGACAAUAACCAAACAGAUACAUUUGCACGAUCCGACAGAAUAUUCCCAUUGCCCAGUCAUCCAUUCACUAACACCAACAGAACGACAGUUAAUGAUCUUCGCCCACUGACCACCAACAGAUCUCGUUCUGACUUCACACAACCGCAAGAGGAGCUCUCACUUGAAGAACUCCGGGUAGUCUCGCAUGGCGAAAUAAAGUCCGGUUGGAAAUCGGACUUUCUGGGCGAGGGCCGUAUAGAGUUGGUGGCAGAAAUCUCUGCCAUGGAUUGCUCCACUGGCCUACAGCGCCACGUCGUUCAAGCAUCUUCAUCAGAUCCUAAGCAAGACGAAAAUCAAGAAGGGCUUCGUAAUGGUGCCAACAUUUCUUGUGACAUCGACGAUCCAGAGCUUGGAGUGUUUGUGAAUCAUGUUUUGGUCGUUGAGGUGGUUGUGGCGGAGGAGCUCAUCCACAUUGCCAGACAGAAAGCACAAGGCGAUAGUCUCAUGCCAAUAGACUCUUCCACUUCGAUCAACUCCACUACCAAUAUAAGAGAAACUCACGUGGGAGUGCCUACUGGUGCCGCAAGAGUUUUGCGAAUGCAGUUCAAGAUGAACGUCACUGAGAGAUCAGGCCUAGGGAUUGCAUGGGAUGAUGAGGUGCCUCCAAUGUAUGAAGAUGUGAGAGCGUUGAGCCCACCGACGUAUCUGAAGCUGGCCUCUGAUACGCCACUUCUGAGCUACUCCAAUACACCAGUUAUGGGCAGACAGACUCCUGCAAUUUUGGACGGCGUUGGCGAUACCCCAAAUGUUGGUGGAUUUGGUAACUCGCAGAUCAUGAACACAGAGAUGAGCGAUUUGGAUGAGCGCGUGCAAGAGUUCCGUCUUUAG